GAAACCAUUUUAAAAUAGAUGCCGUUUGAAGGGAGGGGGUGGGAUGGGGUGGAUGAUCUUCAAAGAAAACAAAAAAACCACAGGAGGAAAACAAGCAGAGAAAAUAUUCAAAUACCUAGAAUAACAGAACCAUCUCACCUGCUGCAGCACUCGAAUGCAACAGUGAAUAAUGUCAGAGGGUUAUUUUCCGGUGUCUACACUAACACAGGAAGUAUGAAGCAACUGAAUAUCUCAGUGUGCGUUUAUUGAGGGCUGCAGGUCUGACUGCAUGAAGUGAUCACAUCUAUUUUAAAAUUGUAACUCUGCGUUGCAGACAAGACAAGGAAGAAUGCCACUUGCCAUGUGAUACAAGAACACAGAAAUGGGGUCCCGGAUCAAAGACAAUCCUGAGAGAACAUUUGAUUGGUUCUUUGAAGCUUCGUGUCCCAUAGCAAAGGAUAAAGACCCUGAAGUUUUGCUUCAGUUCCCUGGGGAUUUCGAUGGCCAGGAAUCUUUUCAGACUCUGCCCAGGUUCUGCUUCCCCUUCGAUGUUGAAAGGGUGAGGGAGAGCCCGGUUGUGCAGCACUUCACCUUCGUUCUGACUGACCUGGAGGGGCAGCAGCGUUUCGGGUUCUGUCGACUCACCUCGGGUUCCAGGACCUGCCUCUGUAUCCUCAGUUACCUGCCCUGGUUUGAAGUCUUCUACAAGCUUCUGAAUAAUCUAGCUGACUACCUGAUCAAAGGACAGAGAAGUGAGAUGCUGGAUUUGUUGUCAGCGUUGUACAAACACCCAGUCCCUCAGCUGGGCAGCCCCGUGCUUCUCACGCUGAUUCCCUAUUUCAUUGCUCCAGACACUGCAAGCCUGCCCUCCAUUCCUGAGAGUAGGAACGUCACGGAGCUGGUUGUCUCUGUGGAUGUCACUAACAUGCUGCACCUGUACGCCAGCUUGCUGUUUGAGAGACGCAUCCUCCUGGCUUCCAGCAAGCUCAGCACGCUCACUGCCUGUGUCCAUGCUUCUGCAGCCAUGCUGUAUCCCAUGUACUGGCAGCACAUCUACAUCCCAGUGCUGCCACCACAUCUACUGGACUACUGCUGUGCUCCCAUGCCCUACCUGAUCGGAGUGCACUCAAGUCUCAUGGAGAGAGUGAAGAGCAGAGCUCUGGAGGACGUGGUCAUCCUAAACAUCGACACGAACACCCUGGAAUCCCCAUUUGAGGACCUGGAGAAACUGCCAGCUGAAGUGGUGUCGCACUUGAAGAUGAGACUCAAGAAGCAGUCUGGAGCGACGGGGGACGGGGUAGCCAGGGCAUUCCUGAGAGCACAGGCCCUUCUCUUCGGGUGCUACCGAGACGCGCUCUCUUGUGAGGGGGAUGAUCAGAUCAUCUUUAUCGAGGAAACCUUUACAAAUCAUAAAUCCAACCCCAUGAAACAGUUCCUACAAAGCGCAGUCCAUCUGCAGCUCUUCAAACAGUUCAUUGAUAACCGUCUGGAGAAGCUCAACUCUGGCAAUGGAUUCGGAGAUGUGUUUGAAGAGGAGAUAACACACUGUGGGCUGACUGCAGGUGCCUCAAAGUCUCACCAACAGUGGGUUGACAAUUUAAAGAAAGGAGGCGGCGCAUUGAUUCACACAGUGAGAGCCAAGACUAAGCCAGGCGUCAGGAACAUGUACAAAUGUGCCAAAGGUCAUGCAAAAUUGGGUCUGAAGGAGAUGAAAAGCAGACUGAAGAACAGGGACUCCAGUGAGGACCGGCAGUUACAGAGAGGGGGGUCCCUGCGCGGUGAUCUAGGUUCAGGCCCCCAGUUUCAACGAAAGAUCCAGUCUGACUGUCUGCAGAAUCGCCUGCCCAUCACUCAACACUUCGGCAAGUCUCGCCCGAGGCGGCCCACGCGACGUUUCACAAGCCCGCUGGGAGAGAGUGACAAUGCGAUGGACAAGAACGGAGCCUGGGCGCUAGGCUGGGACGAGGAUUAUGGAUCUCCUGACGAUGGCGUUCAAGAGGCUGCCGACGACCCCGAAGACUGCAAUUUCCUGCCUGGCUCCAGCGAGAUGGACUUGCUUGGGGAGAUUUUUGACACGCUCAGUACCCAGACCUGCCAGGAGAGGGGGCUGCUGUACGGGACCCGCAGUCUGGACCUCUUCGGCUCUGACAGCUCCGACUACAUCCGGAGAGUGAGAUCCAUCACCCCCAGUGACGAGAGCCUCACUUCCCCUCCGUGGAGAGCUGGGAGUGACCUGGGCUGGGAGCUCGAAGAAGAAGAUGAGUGUUCUCUGGAGUACGGAGCGUCUUCGACGGACGACAUCGCUUCCCAGGACCCGGCCGCUGAAACCACAGCAACGCGACCCGGCGCAGGCACUUUAACGGUCCCCUACAUCGCGGGGUCCUCGGGGGAAUCCGACGGCAACGUCCUUAAACGCAACAGCGGCAGGUGGGACCGGGGGAUCGCAGAGAACGAGGGAAAGGAUGGAGGAGAGGAAGGCAACUCUGUCCCUGUUGCACAGUCACCAACCAGAAUCCACGGGGAGGCGAGAGGGCCGGAGGAAACAGAGAGAGGGGAAACAGGCUCAGAGGACAACCAGGGGUCAACACGGAGUGCUGGGGAAAGGGACCAGGGAUCUACAGGAAGUACAAUGGUGCAGGUCCAAGGGUCAAUGAGUCAGAAAUCAACAGGAAGUGAGGAUACCGAUCAGGGGUCAACAGGAAGUACAAAGUCCAUUACUGAGGACAAGGAGGGAGUUGGUAUCCAAGUGAAGACCCAAGGAGAAGCCCCAGGGAAUGUGGACAGAGCUGUGGAAGAGGUGCACUGUAGCAACGAAGACAGCGAAAGCUCUUCUUCAUGCUCUGCAAACCAGCAAGGGUCUCUUGAGGAGGUGAAGCAGACCCAUCCAAGAGAGGAUUCAGGGGCAGACCAGCUCCAGUCUCCCAGGGUGCUGUGCGCUGUGGCUCUUUUCCAAGCCAAAGGGAAGAGCCCAGAACCAAGGUCCAGUCCAGCUCGUUUUGGGAACAUCCAUCGCGGGGCUGACACCAGCUCAGGGAAGAAGAGCCCAGCUCUGGAUCCCCCAUGGAAUGGGAGAUUAGAGACCCAGACGGCCAGCCGGGAGACCCCGGAACCGGAGAGGGAGCCUGCACAGCACUCCUCACCCAGCCAGGCGUCCGACCUGCUGCCUGCGAAGAAAGUGUCCGAGCUCAAGAAGAGGUUUGAAGCGUGAUGUGGGAAGGAAGAGGAAGAGAACGCAGCAGAGAUGGAACGAAGGGUCACGCUUGUGAUCAGGUCCGAUUUCCGUUUCGAAGCGCUUUUCAAAACGCCCGCUCUAGUGCACUGAUAGCGUCAGGACGAUCGCCCGCAUUGUCAAACAAGCAACACAGCGAGAGCGAACCGUGACGUGGUACGGAACAGAAAAGAACACUUGUUAUAGUUUUAUUUCUUUAUUUUUUUUUUAAAUCUCUCUUCCUGCAGUGAUU